CACGUCUGCCUUGUCUUGACCGGUCGCGAGCUUGAAUUUGGAUUGGCUCCACUCCAUGUUCCCUGCCACAUCUACCAAUAUAAGACAGAGAAAAAGCUGUUGCCUAUCUCACGCACCACUGACUAGUCCUUCACUCCUUUACUCCCAGUUUAUCUACAAGAGCCGCACCGUACCGCGUAUCGGUCACCAAACUCCUGUCUUUGAGUUGCACUGUCAUAUUCUUAGAGCUAGAAUUGCUGUUGUCAACCUUAGACGAUAUAAUUCGUCUCAUAUUUCUAUUCUCUUCCAACCAUUGUGAAUAAAUAAGCCACUUGCCCUUACCGACAAUGGUCGAAUCAGACAGUGAAUCAAGCGAUGUCGAUAUUGCAGAGAAACUACGAGAGCUUAUUGGAGAAGCAGAACAAUCAUCAGAUAAUGAGGGUUGGGGCUACUAUGUUCCGAUUUCAGAACAGAGAUCAAUAAUUACCGCAGAACGAGUGUUUCUGCACGUGCGCAGCUUGAAGAAAAGGGGAACCACUGAUUUAGUCACGAGAUAUACAGAGCAGAUCUGUACCACAGCAAUAUCGUUGUUCGCGACUCUUCUCCGUGGCAAAAAGGACAGUGAAAUUUGCAAUCUUCUGGACGAUGGGCUGUCGGACAGAGACUUGCCACUGGUAAGGACUCCAGUGAGUAAUAGGAUCGGCGAGAAGAAAUUUUGUCUAGCCCGGAAUGAUGAAGCAAAAACGACCGUGGAAGCAAUGAGAAGAUGGGCACAGUCAGAUCUGAAAGACUUCGGACAAUAUCAAUUCAGGAUGCUUGCACCAGUUUUUGAUAGGUAUAAGCCAAAAGGACAGCUAUCAAAUGACACGAUCUUGCCAUAUGUGUGGGAUGAUCAAGAUCACAGACCUGUUGAGAACGAUAGAGGCGGCUACAGUGAGGUGGUGAAGCGCCGACUACAUCCCUCUCAUCACAAUUUUUGGGAGGAGGAAUCGCAGGAGCCGCGUCGAAGGUACGUGGCUGUCAAAAGAUUGAACUCUGGAGACCUUCAAGAAUUCGAAAAGGAAGUGAGCAUCUUGCGAAAAUUGGGAGUCCGCAAAAAUGCCCACUUGGUACAGCUUCUGGACACCUUCACUUUCAGGGGCCAACCACAUCUCAUGUUCCACUGGGCUGAUGCAAAUCUUCGCCAAUAUUGGGAAACAAAAGAGCACCCCAAAUUCGACCAAAGCACAGUCUUGUGGUCUUUGCAGCAAAUGAAAGGUAUCGCGCAAGCCUUAUCACUAAUACAUAACUAUACUACUCAUCCUACCCUUCCCCUAUCUGAUAGGCUCGAUCACCAGAACGAGAGGCUAGGAGUAAUUGACCAUGAAAAGCACUUUGGACGCCACGGCGAUAUCAAACCAGAGAACUUCUUGUGGUUUUCAGAUCUAGAUGGAGGGGUCUUGCAGAUUGCAGAUUUCGGCAUGGGAAGAUUCCACGGUCGCGAUUCCCGCUCAAAAGUCCGCCCGACGACCGCCCAAGCUACCCCAACUUAUGAGCCUCCAGAAUGUGCGCUGCGAAUAGCAGUGUCCCGAAAGUAUGAUACUUGGAGUCUCGGAUGUGUUUUUAUGGAGUAUAUUACCUGGCUCAUACUCGGUAAUCAGGCCACGGAGGACUUUGCCGAAGCCCGUAGCAAGAUGAAUUCCCUUAAAAUCGACGAUGACAAGUUUUAUGAGAUAGUCCAUCGUAAUGGGGACACGAAGGCCAUUGUGACCAUCGGUGUCGAGAAAUGGGCAUCGAAACUCCGCAAGAACAAACGCUGCUCACAAGCUAUCCAUGAUCUGAUCGAUAUAAUUAUGGAGAGCAUGCUAGUCAUCGAUCAAACCAAGAGGCUAACAUCCCGACAGCUCUUUCUAGAGCUCAAAGAAAUCGUUGCAAGAUCCACGGAGGACCAGGGGUACCUAUUGGAUGCUCCACGUUUGAACCUACCAAACAGGCAAAUACUUGGCGCAUCAGAUGGGCCCGAAUAUAGGUUGAAUGGUACUAGACAGACGAAUACUUGGCCAAUCAAUGGAUCCUGAAUAUAGGCCACUCAGGGUCAUGGUAUCCUGUUAUUGGAACCGGCGUUACAGACAGAUGUAUCAAAAGUCUAGAGGCGCUGUGAUGAGUUAGCAUUUCGUUCGUGUACGACUUGGGUCCUGUAUGUUGUGAGCACU